UUUUUUAAACGUAAAACUGAUAAAGGAUAUAUACAUUUUUAAUAUUUUCAAUUUUUACUUUGAACUUUCUAGUUCUUAAAGUGUUGCUCGAGUUGAAAUAGUAAAAACAAUCGUUCGGUUUAUGACAGAUCUUAUGUGUUGGUCUUCAAACCUAAUGUACAAUGGCGGUUUACGGUAUGAAACAAUUGGAGGAACGGCACAUACCUACUACAGUACUGAAAAUGGAGUGGUCAAAUAAAAUGGAUUUGCUGGCUAUUGCCAAAGAACAUGGUGAAGUAUCGUUGCACAGACUUACGUGGCAGCGAGUUUGGUCGUUGGGUGCACCAAGCGAAAAAACUCUUGUGACCGCGAUGGCUUGGAGACCUGAUGGAAAACAAUUAGCCGUGGCUUACGAUUCGUGUGAUUUAUUGUUGGUCAACGUCGAGAACAAAGAAAUUACUUUUAGUAAAAGAACUGAAAACAAAAUUACUUCUCUAGUGUGGGUGCAACAAGAAAAACUGCAAAAAAGAGAAACUAUAGAUUCUGUUCUACUACAGACCAUUGGAUUGAAUUAUCUUCCUAAAAUUCAAAACGUUGUGCGCGAUUCAAACGAAGAGGAAAAUAAAGUGCCACAAAUUCAAGAUAACUUGAAUCUUUUACUCGUAGGCUUAGACAACUGUGAGGUGGAAAUACUAGCUUUGGGUAUUUUUUUAUGUGGAACGUUAAAGUUGGCCGAAAUAUUUGGCAAAGAAGGUUCUGUGCUGAAUAUGUGUAUGCCGGUGGAUUUCAGUUAUUUGUACGUAGCCAUUCAAUACUUUUACGGGCAAGUAGAUCUAGUAACAAUAAAAUUACAAGAAUGCGAUACCGAUUGGAAUGACGUUUACGAUUUGGCGUCCAAACAUGAUCAGUUGCUUUGCUCGCUGGAAUAUUUGGACCAGACGAUGAAAAACAUAUUAGAAACCUGGGAGAAUGUCUCGUUGAUGGAAAUGGAAUUGAAAUUGAGUUCUUACAUGCCAGAGGACCCAGAAAAUGUGUCGACAGAAUUAUUGGAACUUUUAAUAUAUGGUAUAUUAACAGAACGCAUGGAACAAUUUUUAAAAAGAGACCUGACCGAUAAAGGUAUAAAAAAAAUUGGGCUAGCAAUAGAGUCAAGUCACACAAAUAUCCAUAAACUAGUCGUAAAGCAGUUAUCGGAAAUUACUAGCCAAAUUUUAUUUCAACUCGUUGAAUUUUCAGGCAUGUCACUGAAAAAAUACGAAUGUUUAGGAUUAACUGAAAACAGUGUUGAAAAAGCUAUGCGGUCAGUCAAUAUUUUCCUGAAAAAAUGUAACGAAGUGCAAAUAGUAAUUGAAGAGUCGCUGACCAAGUACAAAUUGUUUUUCAAAUGGUUAUGUGGCAUGAUGGUGAAACUAAACGACGAAAACUCCGUUGUGGAUCCUUCUCUCACGGAUACGUCGCAACAAGAGCUCAACCUUUUGGCAGAAUAUAUCUAUGAUUUGGGCGAGAAAUCCAAACUCAACAACUACAAACUCGAUUGCGUCGGUCAAUACUUCCUAGACAAGGAGUUGGAUUUUCCAUACGAAAAGCACAACCAAUGGAGGAGUAUAUUACGCGAGAAUCCGUGUCUUGAAGAAAAUUCACUGAUAACACCAGAGAUGAAAAAAAUAUCACUAAUGCAACAAUUCAACGUGUUAAAGAACGAUCUCGUCAAUAUUUUUGCCCAAAAGAAAUCGUUCUUUGAUAAAACUUUUGUUUUCUACAAUAAUGUCCCAUUAAGUAACCACACUCAGACCAGUUCAUCUCAUAAAGUCACAAUGGUCGACAUGCCAAAACAUAAAUUAUUAGUGUGCUGUGUAGAUCGAAAUGCCUACGAUUUCAGUUUUUACGAGACGAUGGCCUACGAGGACACGCAUGAAGUGACUCAUCGUAGUACUAAUGUGUUUUAUAUGAGCGAGGGGUCAAAGCAAACUAUCUAUGACAUUCAAUUUUACAGUCAAGAGUUCUUGUCAAUUCUCACGGAAACCGAUUGCGACAAAAGAAACUCUCUGUUCGUACAAUUAUCGACGAGUAGUUUACGCAGUCACUGUUCCACCGACGGACUUUGUGUUUGUAACAUAGCAACACAACAAAUAGAUUACACUAGUCGGAUAAUAGAAAACAUGGUGGCGACAAAGUUUGCUGUGUGCGGAACCAGAAAAGUCGCCGUAUUGUUAUCAGAAAGCAAACACAAAGUCAGAUUAUUCGAAAUGGAAGUCGAAGACGAAGAAGACGAUGAGGACGAUGAUACUAUGGACAUUACGCGUGAUUCUAAUUAUGAAUGAAUAGAAUUAAAAUAUAUGCAGUUUUUGAGGUCUUAAGGUGCUCACGGGGUACCUAACCGACUACACAAUUGAUUAUACACGUCUGGAUAAAUCAAUGAAUCUCGGUUUUUCUGUCGGACCAUUAUUUUUUUAUUCCUCGUAAUAUUAUUUUCACUAAAAAUAUUAAUACACAUUGAAAUACUUUUUCGUAUAAUAUAUUGUAUAUAUAUA